CAGAUAAGAUCUAUUCUCCCAAACCCGUAGAACAGACCAUGGUGGUCAACGAGAGACCCUCCAAGAGGAUGAAGAGGAGGGUCACAGCCGAUCUCUACGAUUUUCUCACUUUUCCGGCAGCCGCGGACGCUUCCUCCUGCGAGCCCUUCCGGAACUGCGUUCAGCGUUUCCUCUCUGACAACGCACGCAUCACUUUCCCCCCCUCACUAUUUCCGUCUCUUAUGACAUGGCAGAUCUUGUUCCGUGUUGGAGACCUGGUCGAAGGACCUGAUCUAUCGCCUGCCAUGGUUACUCUCGAUAUUGUUGAAGAAGAUGUUACACGUUCACGUACUUCGGUCUACUGUGACCAGUGCCGAGUCGUUGGUUGGAGUGGACAUCCGGUGUGUAGAAAGCGAUACCAUUUCAUAAUAAGGGCAGCAAGUAACGCCGUUGAAGCAUAUCAAAGACCUUGUUCACGAUGUGGAAAUCUUGUCCAAUUAUCUGAAACAAGGUGUAGAUCCUGUACCUUUGCCAUCACCGUUGAUGACCUUGAGGACUGGGUGUAUCUUCAGAUUGAAGAUAACACGCAUCUUCUGCACGGUGUUGUCCAUUCCAAUGGUUAUGGUCACCUGCUUACUCUUAAUGGACGCGAAGGCGGCUCCAAGCUUCUCUCCGGAUCUGAUAUCAUGGAUUUCUGGGAUAGGCUGUGUGCUGCAAUUUCUGUUAGGAAGGUUAGCGUGAUGGAUUUGUCCAAGAAAUUUGGGCUGGAAUACCGAUUGCUUCAUGCAGUUACAAACGGACAUUCCUGGUAUGGCAAUUGGGGUUAUGAAUUUGGAUCUGGCAGCUAUGCACUUACCCAAGAUGCGUACAAGAAUGCAGUGAAUACCCUGUCAAGCAUGCCCUUGUCCUCCUUUUCAUUCCAUGGUCGGGGACCACGAACCCGCCUGGAGUGUGUCAUUUCCCUUUACCAUUCUUUGGCAGAAACUGAACUUGUAACGAUUAAAGAUCUCUUUUCCUUUUUGCUGACGUUGAUUCAUGAAUGUCGUAAGCCCACAUCCACGAGGACAUCUUGCACCAGUAAUUUGUUGUGUGCUUGGACGGGAAAUGAUGUUGAAGAGGUGCAACAUGCUCUGAUCAAGGUAUUGCUUGCGUCGGGUGCCUAUACUGAGGCCAAAUGGGUGACACGGCGUGCUCUCAAGGGUGCAGUAAGCCGGGGUGUUUCAUCUCCAGAGCUUCUGGACUAUUGUUUUAAGCACUUGCCGGGGAAAUUAGCUGCCAAUGGAAUGGUAGUCUGUUCACGAUGCAAUCCCAUUUCCAGUGCCAUUGAAUUCAGUUUGGAACCCCCCAGAAAUGGAUUAAGAGCAAAUUUAAGCUAUCCGACAGAAGAACAAAUGACCUCUGAUUUGACGUUCUUAUUUGAUUCAAUUAUUCACCCUGAAAAAAUGGUGUACUACAGACCAAAGAUUAUGAGGAAAAGGGUGGCUGAUUCGGCCAGGAAGCUCCUUGACUGCAAGCAGUUUAUGAAGGAUUACAAGCCAUAUGAAAUGGCCGUUGAACUGCCUUCAGUCAUUAGGCUGUGGUGUCAUGUGGAACUUUCUGAUCAGCCUAAGGAUGAUCCAUCCCCACCACCGGAGCUAAUUGUAUUGCCUUUGAACGCUACCGUUGGUGACCUCAAGAGUGAGGCGACUAGUGCUUUUCAAGAGGUGUAUGCAAUGUAUAAGAGGUUUCAAGCUGAGGACCUCCUAGGAUAUGGGGCUAUCAAUGAUUCGCUCACCGUAAAGUUCUUGCUCGGUACAAGUGGAUCAAUCCAAAUUCAAGGUAAAUGCCCUGCAAAACAUGGGCUAAGUCGAUUCCGAAUGGAACGGGGAACUGAGGUGUGGAAGGUUGAUUGCACAUGUGGGGCCAAGGAUGACGAUGGAGAGAAAAUGUUGGCAUGCGAUACCUGUGGCGUUUGGCAGCAUACCAGAUGCGCUGGAAUUGAUAAUCCAGAUGGCAUGCCUUCUAAGUUUGUGUGUAUGAGAUGUGUCAACUUGUUCCGUGAGGAGACUAAAAAGUUACCAGUAUCUGGUGAGGAAACAAAAGAAACCUGUAUAUUGAACACAUAUUGCAGAGACGAGGCAGUAACAAAGGACUGUGCAACAGUAUCAUGUAACAUAGCUGUGAAUUUUGGUGUACGUUGAGUGUAUAGCUUUUGUAUGUUUCUGUAUAGUUUUUAGUUGCCUUUCGCUAGGAUUUUAUGUAAUAGCAAACGGGGCAAAAAAAGGCGAUUGUUCGAAAGCCUCUGUUUUUUGAGAGCUUGGGCUCUUUUGUCAGUACUGCUUUGGUUUUUAUCGAGCUCAACCAAAAUAUGAAUCAACAAUGACAGCUUUGUUUCGAUUUA